GCCGUUAACAUCAUGUAUAUUUCCUGUCGAUGCAUAGCUAGGCAGCUAUCUAAGUAGGUCUUCCCCCGUUUAUGGCCUUUGCUUUCUCCUCUCGCAUGUCUGGGGACCAUUGGUUUCAGUAAGAAAAACAUUUAAAAAACAUCUACCAUUAGCUAUUGAGCGACCGAAAUGGCUACCGCAACUAUAGAGCAACUGCAGCCCCUCACCAAGCUCCUCGUAGAUGCCGGGCUACAGUCGCAACUACUACUCCCCAAUGACGAUAAAUAUCAAGCAUCAGUGGAUUCAUACUGGUCAAAUACGACUAAACAGAGACCAGCGUGUAUCAUCAAACCGGAGUCAUCGGCUCAAGUGGCGAAAGCCCUGAGCGCUAUCGUCAGUGCCAACCAGAAGUUUGCCAUCCGAAGCGGUGGCCAUUCCCCGCUAGCCGGCGUCAAUAACAUCCAAGACGGAGUAACCAUAGAUCUUACUCAUUUCACCAACAUCGAAUUCGAUGAGAAUACCAAGACUGUGAGUUUCGGUCCGGGAGUUCGGUGGAAGCAUGUACACAAGUGCCUCGAGAAAUACGGCUACGCGGUAGCUGGAGGUAGAGAAAACGAGGUUGGCGUAGGUGGAUUUAUUCUAGGUGGCGGCAACUGCUGGAUGACUGGUCGGAGAGGUUUCGCGUGCGAUAACGUCGUCGCAUUCGAAGUUGUCCUCGCGGACGGUCGCAUCGUCACGGCAGAUGCGAACACUCAUGCCGAUCUAUUCAAAGCCCUGAAAGGAGGAAGCAACAAUUUCGGAAUCGUAACCAAUUUCACUAUGAGAACUUUCAUCAUCCCAGGUGGGAAACUCUGGGGUGGUGUCGCGCUCUCGAGUAAGGAGCAGAUUCCGGAGGGUAUCAAGAUGACCGUCAAUUUCACCAAUAGAAUUGCGGAUUACCCAGACACUAGUCUCAUAUCGUUCUUUACCCAUACAAUAGAGGCGAAGGAUAUUGUGCUUGCGGCGGCCUUAUGUGAGACGCAGGGUGUUAGCGACUCACCCACUUUCAAGGAGUGGUCAACGCUACCACAGAUCAAUAAUACGACCAAACAUAAAACGCCCAUUGAAAUAGGAAUCGAGACAUUCGUACCUGCCAAUUACUUUUCCACUUGGUUCACCAUAACGUUCAAAAACGACGAGCGCAUCCUCACCAAAAUCGCGGAAGUACACCAGAAACUCGUCAAUGAUCUAAUAUCCUACACCGGAGGCCACGAUUUCAUAACGCAGGCCAUUCUACAGCCGAUGCCGACGGUGUUCGCCGAGCGCUCCAUCGAAGCGGGUGGUAACGUUAUGGGCUUGGAGCGAAACAGCUCGAAUGGUAUGCUCCUUCAACUAACCACCAUGGUUCAGACGGCCGAUCAGAGGGAGUUCGCGUGCACGAAGGCGAAAGGGUAUGUAGAAGAGGUAAAGGAGUUGGCUACGUCCCUUGAUGGGCUUUUCGACUGGAUCUACUUGAACUAUGCCGAUAAGACCCAGGCUGUGCUUGAGAGCUAUGGUACUGAGAAUGUCAAGUUCAUGAAGGAAGUGUCGAGGAAGUAUGACCCCGAUCAGGUGUUUCAGAAGUUAUGCCCUGGGGGAUUCAAACUCGCGGAUGUGUGAUGUUUUCGUAAUAUUUGAGAGGGGUUCUUAAUGAUAGUCUCCAAUAUGUCGUGACAGCAUAAACACGAAAUUAUGUCGUAAUUAUGCACCACCUAGAGAAAAAAAGGAGGAGGUUGGGUCAACCAAACACCGCCCCAUUUUCACAGCUGAAUAUAAUGACGUGACUUGUACUACACGAGGAGGAAUUCU